AUGCAGAGCUUCCUCCAAUAUCGCCAGCUCCGUCGGGACCUGGAACGAACCAUUCACCCCGGUGAUCUUCAUACUACAGCAGAGAAUGUGGGCCCAGAACCGAAUGAUAGAGUCAUAAGUCAUCUCGAUGAUGGGAAACACGAGAAGCCGAUUGUGCUGCAUACGGGCCAAAGUGUGGUGAUACCAGGCGUUAGUGUCCGACAAGUGCCCAGCAUCUCCGACAAACCCGUCUUCAUCGUCGGCUUCGAAGGGCCUGAUGAUCAAUUCAACCCGCGAAAUUGGUCCUUGGGACACAAAUGGAAGACUCUGGCAAUCGUGGGAACCACGGGUUUUCUGGUGGGAUGGGUGUCUGCCAUCGACUCGGCCGUAAUCAAGCAAGGCCAAGAAGCAUUUGGGGUCAGCAAGGUUGCUGAAUCUCUCGCCACGAGCCUCUACCUCAUCGCAUUUGGCUUUGGAUCUCUCAUUGCUGGCCCAUUCUCCGAGACUGUUGGUCGGAAUCCCGUCUAUCUGGUGACCCUGUCACUGCUCAUGGUCUUCAUAAUGGCAUCCGGCCUAGCACCGAACUUCGGCGCCCAGCUAGCCUUUCGAUUUGUCGCGGGCUUGUUCGGUUGCACACCAUUGACGACCUUUGGCGGUAGUAUGGCAGAUAUCUUUGACCUGCUCGACCGCACCUAUGCGUUUCCCGUAUGCUGCACACUGUCAUUCAUUGGCCCGUUUCUUUCACCCAUGAUCGGUGCCUUUAUCGGCCAAAGCACUGCCAUCAGCUGGCGCUGGUCGGAAUGGGCCUCCCUGAUUCUGGCCGGGUUAAUCACCAUGGCCAUUUUUUUCUUCGUGCCCGAAACCUACGCGCCGGUACUUCUGCAAUGGAAAGCCCGCCAUCUGCGAGCCAUCACCGGCGAUCAACGCUUCCUGGCCGAAGCAGAGCUGCACCAAACCAAGCUACACACCCAACUCCUGUCAAGCUGCGUGCGACCCUUCCAGCUAUUCUUCGGCGAGCUCAUGGUGGCUCUGUUCACUCUGUAUCUGGUGGUAGUAUACAUCGUCCUAUUCGGGUUCCUCACAGGCUACGACUUCAUCUUCGGCGAGACGUACGGCUUCUCUCAGGGAUCCGUAGGUCUCACCUUUAUCGGCAUGAACAUCGGGUUCCUAAUCGCCUUCGCCCUCAUCCCACACAUCUACACAGCCUACAGGCGACGUCUGAAGACUGCGCUCACCACCGGCGACGACGACGGUCACCCGCCCGCCGAAGAGCGGCUGUGGUUCGCCAUGUACGCGGCGCCGUGGUUCCCAAUCUCGCUGCUCUGGAUGGGCUGGACCUGCUACCCCGGCGUGUCGUAUUGGUCGCCGCUGAUCGGGUCCGUGGCGUUUGGGUUCUCGGUCCAGGGCAUUUUCAUUUCGAGCUAUGCGUAUCUGAUUGACACAUAUGAGCGCUUUGCUGCUAGUGCCCUGGUCAGCGCGACUUUCAUGCGCUAUAUCGCUGCCGGCGCGAUGGUGGUCGUUUCGAUUCCCAUGUAUACGGAUCUCGGCGUGCAUUGGUCCUUGACGCUGUUGGGGUUUUUGGCACUGCUGAUGACGCCGGUACCGUAUGUCUUUUAUAAGUUUGGACAUGUGUUUCGAGCGCGCAGUAAGGCUGUUGCGGCGAGAUAG